AUGAUAAUUCAUGGUAAGAGGACAACAGCACAGUGGCUAUGGUGGUCCACUUUGAUAUUCUUACUUCUCAGGGAUACGCAGCAGUUUAGUAUGCAAGUAAAUUCAAUGAAUAGCAGCGAAAUUAUCAACAUGAGUGAAAAAAUUGUAUGGAGUUCAAAUAGUAGUGCAGCUCCUAUCAAGCCAAGACCAAAAACGCCAAAACAACUUAAUAUCCCAGAAUGUGAAGAUUCGAUUAAUGAUUGUACUUAUGGCGGCAAAUGCGUUACUGGUCCAAAUGGUUUGAAAUCUUGUCUUUGUCCAGCAAGUUGCCCCGCUUGUGAGUUUCUUGUACAACUCAAGUUUUUACGCUGCAAAGGAUUCAUGAUAUAAUA